AUGAGCAGUCGGGAGGUGGUCGCUCUGAGCGUGGGAGGUGUGAGAUUUGUAACCCGGGCGUCCACCUUGCGGCAGUUCCCCGAGUCCAGGUUAGCACGGAUGUUGAGCGAAGACGACCAGGAAUUUAAGCUGGUGAACGGGGAGUUUUUUGUGGACAGGGACGGAACUUUGUUUAGUUACAUCCUGGACUUCCUGAGGACUCUGCAGGUCUCUCUGCCUGCUGAUUUUUCGGACUUCGAGAGGCUGCGCAGAGAAGCAGAGUUCUAUGAGCUCUACCCUCUGGCUGACCUUCUGGGCCAGGAACACCUGCUGAAGCCAAGGCUGGAGAUCCUGGAGGUGCGUUUUUUCCUCCAGGAGACGCAGGCUUUUUUCCGCAUCUUUGGUUCCUGCAGCACCACCGUGGAGAGGCUGGCUGACCAGAUCACCGUGUUCAUGGGGCAGAGCUGGAGCAGCCCUUUUCCUUCUCAGAAACCACUCGUUCCACUUCCCUCGGAAAGACCUUCUCAUCACGACCUGGUUUUUCAGUGUGGAACUGAAUACGCUGCUGGUGACCAGUUUGUGGCCAGGUAUGUUUCCAUAAAGCCUGACAAUAGGAAGCUGAUUAAUGGUGUUAAUGUGCUGGGCCUGCUGGUUGACACCUUACUCAAAGAUGGAUUUCGCCUCAUAAGCACCAGGACAGUUUCCAGUGAGGAAAAAGUCGAAUGCUACAGCUUUGAAAGGCUGAAGAGGCCAGCAGGCCUCGCCGUCACGGUGAGCCAAACCCCAGGGAGCUCUGGGACAGCGCAGGCAAAGAGAAGCCACAUGCAGAAGGGGAAAUAA